AUGGCAUCCAAGCCGUUUGAGCCAAACGUGUUUUUAAAAUUGAAGAAGUGUUUCGCGGGGCUACGUAAAAGCAUAGCAUUCCUGAAGGAGUGUUUAAAUCUUGGGCUAACUCCUGUUAGUCAUAAAGUGGUGGUAAAUGAAAAAGUGCCAUCGAAACUAGUGAAGAAACUCGAAAGUGGUUUCAUAAAAGACAGUGUUGAGAAGUUGUAUGCACAACUUAACAUCAAAACGUUGAAGUGCUACGCAUUGCAUUUGAAGCUGGCCAGGGACUACCCGAUCGAGUUCCCAGCGUUUCUGACGAAGGUCAAGGUGGCGGAAAAGUGCGAGGAAAGGCGUAAGGAAAGGGUGCUACGGAAUAAGUUGGAGCUACUGAAGGCGAGGCAGCCGCCCCGGAACUACGAGAAACCCAGCGUGGCGGUACUGGAUGGUUUUGUGGUGAAUCGAUCGAAGGAAGAGUUCACCGACAAACAGAUCGAUCUACUUAACAAAGGUCUAAACUACGCGGUGUCGAGGAAACCAAGGAUGGACCAGAUAAUCAUCGAUGUAGAGACGGCUAUUAGGUCCAAACUUAGGAGAAAGGAGGUGUUCUACGUCAAGGCGGACAAGGGAAAUUCGGUGGUCAUCAUGGACAAAACGGAUUACAACGGAUUGAUGCAGGCCAAAAUCGAUGAAGGACCGUAUCGAGUUCGAAGAGAGGACCCACUACCGGAGAUGGUUAAGGAGGUGGAAAAAACGCUGAAGGACUGUGGACCGAUCUUAGGGUUUGCGCCGGGCGCCCUGAAAGUGUCUGCCCCAAUCGUCCCUAGAAUCAAAGGUUUACCGAAGAUUCACAAACCAGGGAAUGAGAUGAGGGAGAUAAUUUCGGGAGUGAACGCGCCCACUGAAAAAGUGGCGAAGUGGUUACUGAACGAGUUUAAAAGGAUGCCAAAACCUUUUAAAACGAGAUCGGUGACCAACACCUUAGAGUUCGUGAAGAGAUUGCAGGCGUCGAGAGGCAUAGAAGAGGACGAGGUCAUGGUUUCCUUUGAUGUUUCAGCUUUGUUUCCAAGUGUUCCCGUUAAAGAAGCUUCUAAUUUGUUAGAAGAUUGGUUGCUUCAACAACACAAUGGGAGCACUUGGAAACUCAAAAAAGCCGACAAACACCAUGAGGGUAAUACCGAGCACCUCGAACCACUCGUUCCAGCAUAA